UGCCAACAGGAACGCUCUCUCUCUGAAAUGACCUGACAUUGGCCAAAGUCUCCCGUCACAGGCUAGAUUUGUUUAAAGCCUGAAAACAGAGCCAUGAGGAGGUGCAGAAUCAUACAAACUCACAGUGACUUGACAUUUUUAGUGAGCAACAGGAACUCAUGAUUCUAUAUUAAUUCAGACAUUGAAUCAUCAUGAAUCAUGAAUGUACGCAUCAGUUCAGCAAAUUUUCUGUAAGUUGCUCACUUACCCAUAUUAAGUUCUUCUUAAUACAUCCAUGAUGUCAAGGCUGUACAGUAUGUCCUGAUUUGUUUUGCCUGCUUUUACCCAGAGCUCCCCCUACAGAAUAGAAAAGGACAUGACAAGCAUCAAAUUUGUUAGAAGGAAUUAAUAAUGUAAGAAAAACAUAUACAACAUACACCAGGUGUCAUCAUGCAUCAUCCGCAUCAUAAUGCACCUUAUCACCCCACCUCAGUUUUGCAUGUGGCUGUAGUCCAGACUGCAGAGAGCUAUUGGUCGACGCAGAUAGUGGCUGCACUCAUUCAGAGCUCUGAUCAAGGAACUUUACAGUGACGCUAUUUCCCAACCGUCGGAGCAUGACAGUCAGUUAUUAUACAGAUAUACAGUAAACUUGCUUUAUUGUUCAUGUGUAACAAAAGUUGCUGAAAGUCGGUGAAAGUGGAUUACAUGGACAAUGCACUGCGAGCAGAGGAUGAUGAGUGUGUCUGCAGAGCUCUGUUUGCUGGCAUGUUUCAUUCUGUCUGUAGACUUGACUUUGGGUUUGGGACUGAACAAACCCGUGGAGUUUACAUUUCUAUUAUCUGCCGGCAGCACAGAGUGUUUUUACCAAACCACAGUGAGGAACGACAGCAUGGAAGUUGAAUACCAGGUGAUAGCUGGGUCGGGUAUGGAUGUUGGCUUCGCCCUCAUCUCACCCAGCGGAUACCGGCUGGUCUCUGACUUCAGGAGAUCUGAUGGCAUUCACAUGGUGGAUCCCACAGAGGAUGGAGACUACCGGUUGUGUUUCGACAACAGCUUCAGUAAACUGUCAGAGAAGAUGGUGUUCUUUGAGGUGGUCAUUAACAGUCAGAGAAGCAGUACGGGCCAAAAUGAGUGGGCUGACCUGGCCGCGACAGAAAUGAGCAUGGUGGAUUACAAACUGGAGGACAUCAGGGCGAGUUUGGACUCUGUGUACGAGCACCUGGAGAAGAGCCGGCAGGUCCUGACUGUGCUGCGGGCCUUCGAGGCGAGGGACCGCUACCUUCUGGAGGACAACCUGUGGCGGGUGUCCUUCUGGUCCUGCCUCAACCUAUCUGUCAUGCUCACUGUCGCUGUCACUCAAAUCUACACCCUGCGACGCCUCUUUGAGGACACCAAGCGGGUCCGCACAUAAAACCAAUAAAACUCUGUCACUUAACCUCCAGCCAAGAGAGUGCAGAACCUGCUAGUUGUGCUUUAUAAGUUUGACCCAUAACCAUUUAUAUAGCCGCAAACUACUAUUUGCUAUGUAAAGAU